AUGGCGAUGUCAGGAGAUAAUGCAUCGCACCAAAUUGUCACUCAGUACUGUGUUAAACGGGGUAUAUGGCCCCUACCCAUACAGGAAACGACAGGACGACACAAACGUGUUUCGGACACUGGUUUAUACCUGGCAAAUGGAGGUCAAGGAUGCAUUUACAGAGUUUCUCAUGCUGGCCAGACGUCCGAGAGUUUUGAAGUCAAAUUAGAAGUUCGACAAGGAUGUUUGCUGUCACCAUUCCUCUUUCUCUUGGUCAUUGACUGGAUCAUGAGGACCACCACAUCAGGCAGGAACAAUGGUAUACAGAGGACACUCCUGAUGCAACUCGAUGAUCUCGAUUUUGCCGAUGACCUGGCUCUCCUUUCGCACAACCAUAGUCAGAUGCAGGAUAAAACAACUCACCUUGCAACAACAUCAGCAGGAACAGGACUCAAGAUCAACUUGAAGAAAACAAAAUUUAUGAAGAUAAGCACGACUCCCUAA